GUGGGGGUGGCAGCCUCGAAAAGACGAGCAGGACGGCGCUGCGUCUCUGUUGCCAAGCGAGGCGCUGGGGAUGCGAGAGAGAGAGAGAGAGAGAGAGAGAGACAGAUCGGGUUAUUUCAGGCAGUAGCGGACGGAGAACGCGGAAGACGCCCAGCUCGCUUCGGCCCGAAGAGGAAGGCCGAGCAAUCGAGGCUUUGCCGCUAGCCCGAGGCUUUGCAGCCAGACCCUGGAAAGGCGGUGCCCAGUCCGGCACUGGGAAGGCUGCGCUCCCGGGGCUUCUUGCGCUGAUGUUGGUUGCCUGGCUCGCUCUCAUGGGUGCUGGGCUGCUCAUUUAAGUUUCUCUUGAGUGGCGACUGGAAGAUUCUACUCUCAAGGCUCCACUUUCGACGUUUGCAAAGCCGGCUUCCCACUGUCUUGUUCCUCAUCACCUUCUCUGGCAUUGAGUGAUGUCCACGGCGGCCUUAAUCGGUCUGGUUCGGAAUAGAGGCCACCAGCUGCAGAGGGCCCUGCUUACAUCUUGUGCAAUUCUCAGCCCCAAGUGCCAGAUUUCCACCAACGACUGCAAGGCUUCGCGUUUCGAUCUGGAUGGGAGCGGCUGCCCCGCCACCUGGGAUUCCUUUGGGAUUUGGGACAACCGCCUGGACGAGCCCAUCUUGCUCCCACCCAGCAUCAAGUAUGGGAAGCUGAUUCCCAAGAUCAGCCUGUCAAACGUGGGCUGCGCCACCCACAUUGGGAAACGGAAGGAAAACGAGGACCGUUUCGAUUACGCCGAGCUGACGGAGGAGGUCCUGUAUUUUGCCAUUUUCGAUGGGCACGGCGGGGUGGCAGCAGCUGAUUUCUGCAACAAGUACAUGCGGAAAUAUAUUCGAGAAUUUCUCUCUGAGGAACGCAACAUGGAAUUAGUAUUGAUUAAAGCUUUUCUAGAAAUAGACAAAGCAUACAUGAAACACGCCCACUUAUCUGCAGAUGCUACCUUGCUGAAUACUGGGAGCACAGCAACGGUGGCCCUGCUGCGAGAUGGCAUUGAGCUGGUGGUAGCCAGUGUGGGCGAUAGCCGUGCGCUGCUAUGCCGCAAAGGAAAAGCCGAGAAACUGACCAUUGACCAUACUCCAGAACGGAAGGAUGAAAAGGAAAGAAUCAGGAAGUGUGGUGGCUUCGUCGCCUGGAACAGUUUGGGGCAACCCCAUGUGAACGGCAGACUUGCAAUGACCCGGAGUAUUGGAGAUUUGGAUCUUAAGAAUUGUGGUGUGAUUGCAGAACCUGAAACGAAACGGGUACAGUUGCAUCAUACAAGCGACAGCUUCUUGGUCCUGACCACAGAUGGCAUCAACUUUAUGGUAAACAGCCAGGAGAUCUGUGAUUUUGUUAACCAGUGCCAUGAUCCAACCGAAGCAGCUCACAUCAUUACUGAGCAGGCUAUGCAGUACGGGGCAGAAGAUAACAGCACCGCAAUCGUAGUGCCAUUUGGAGCAUGGGGCAAAUACAAAAACUCCGAGAUCAAUUUUUCCUUCAGCCGGGGUUUUGGUUCAAGUGGAAGAUGGGCAUGAGCAGCUUCUGCGCCAAGCUGCCGAACGUCUAAAGAUGUAGAUUGCAGAAAGGUUAAAAAAAACAACAACACUCCAUCUCCUCUACCCUUUCUGCUUGGGUAGCUAACUGCUGUUAACUAGACGUCACCUCUUAAGAAAUGUCUUUAUUACUUGCUUCUCUCAAACCAAGCAUUCUCACACCUUCGGUCCUUCCUCGUGGACUUCUUCUGCAGGGGCAAGAUGCGGAUAUUUUUGUGGCUGACUGCCAUUGUGGCAUCCCCUGAUUCUCCCGAUGCCCUUGAGAUGUUUUAGAGAGAUGAAGGAAUGGGGCAGAGGGAAGCAGACUGCACACAGCACUCCAGCUGGGGAAACCAAAGGACAAGAAAAGUAGCAUUUUAUCCCCUUCGCUGUUCCAUCCUGUGUAAAAGGAAACUCAAAGACUACUGUAGGAAAGGUGGAGAAUUGAGAGGUGGGUUUGUGGCUAGUUCACCAUCACUGUCAGAUGGGGGUUAGAAUGGUUCAACUCUAAAAAGCAGCAUUUUGGUCUCAGGACCGAUAAGCCUCAGGAUUGUGGAGUCCAGAGGCAGAGAGAGAACUGUGCACUACGGGUACUGAUGUCCCCUUUU